AACAUUGUAAACAAGAUGGCCGCAUGACAAGACGCGCAAGACGGAACAGUGAUGGCGGUGGGAGUGUAGUACAAAAACGUUUGCGUUUGUCAACUCCGCUAAUACGGGGCAGUUUUAUGAAAUUAUGUUUGCCAACGCCGCUGAUGCAGGGCAGUUUUCCGAAACGAAUGCUCCUAAACAGGCAGUGAAACGCAAGAUUUAUUUGGAGCCUAAUGGCGGCAAAAUUCCAAGAUCCACCCUGUCUCGUUUGCUACGAGAUUCUCACAACACGACUGAAGUUUCCACGGAAAAUCGAGCAUCACUGGAUGAAUGUGUUCCUCCAGCGCGUGACAUACCGUCGACGGCACCUUUGACUCCUGAGCCGCAGGAGAACUUAGACGAUUCGGCUACUCUGGACGAAGCCUCUGCGAAUCAUCCUGUGGACGCACAAGAUGAUCCAAAUGAAGACCAUGUUUUUGAGGAUCUAGGAGAAUGGUUUCGAAAAAACCAAGAACGGUUCAGUGUUCCCUUCAUUCCUUCUGGCCCCUUAACCCUGGGGGAUGCCUUCAUGAUGGUCAUGGACUAUGCGUUGACAAUAGGCCUGUCAUACUCGGAUACAGAGCAGUUGCUUAAGCUAGUCAACAAACUUGUGCAAGCUAAGGCUUUUCCCGAAAGCAAGUAUUUGUUUCAGAAGUUUUGUGGAAUAAGUAUGUCAGAAAUUACAUUUCACUUCUACUGCCCUCACUGCAUGACGAUCGUUGCGAAAUGUUCUGGAGAACUUUCCAAAAGGAAGAAUGUAAACGUCAAGUGCUCCAUCUGUGAGCAGCAUUACAGAGGACCACAACUCGUCAGAGAUGGCUGUUUUUUCGUAAGCAUGCCAGUAGAGAAGCAGCUAGCAUCACUUCUUGCCAGCAAGAAAGUCAGUUCAGCUUUACAUACAAACCUGAACAAAAUCGCAUCAGAACCUUCGAACGUGUCCAUGAAUGACAUAACUGAUGGUGCACUGUAUCGCAAGAAAAGACAAGAUUUGGGUAUGGCAGACAUAGACUUCACAGUGACGGUCAACUCGGAUGGCAGCCCCAUGUUUAAAUCCUCCAAAUAUUCCAUUUGGCCCGUUCAACUUAGUAUCAACGAGCUGCCACCACUGCUCCGUUUUAACAAUGUGCUGAUGCCAGUACUUUGGUAUGGGGCAACCAAGCCCAACAUGACCAUGCUGCUCCAAGCUUUUGCCGAUGGACUGCAAACUCUGAACAAUGGCGGGAUUAACUGGAAGACUGAGGAUGAAGUAGUUCAUUCAAAGGUGUUCUGCAUUUGCUGUUGUGCUGACGCUCCUGCGAGGGCUGCUAUGCAGGAGUCGACCCAGUACAACGGAUACUUUGGAUGCAACUGGUGUUACCACCCUGGAGUCUGCGUUGGAGGGACUGUAAAGUACCCGGUGGAUGGCGGGCCAUCACAGGAAAGAACACACGAGGGCAUGAUCAAGGACAUGGCGGCUGCCUCUGAGCAAGGAACUCGCAUACAGGGAGCAAGGGGGUUGUCUCCCUUAGUCAACGUCAAAGGAUUUGACAUUGUAUGGUCGUUUAGUCCCGACUUUAUGCAUUGUGUACUGCUUGGGGUUGCAAAGCAGCUGACCGAGCUAUGGCUCGCAACUCCUGGAGAGUCAUACUACAUUGGCGAACCAGGAACCAUAGCUCUAGUUGACGGCCGACUCUGCAGCAUUAGACCGCCACAAAUCUUCACCAGACUUCCAAGGUCAUUAACACUUAGAAAAUAUUGGAAAGCUGCAGAGUGGCAACACUGGCUGUUGUAUUUCAGUGUGCCUUGCUUACAAGGAAUCCUGCCUGAGUGUUUCUUGGAACACUUGUGCCUACUCGUGACAGGCAUCUUCAGCUUGCUAAAAGACAAAGUGACACAGGAAGACGUAGAUAGGAGCACUGGGUGCUUAGUAGAAUUUGUUGUAAAGAUGCAGUUUCUUUACACACAACAGCAGAUGACUUACAACAUACAUCAGCUCCUUCACUUGCCGAAGUGUGUUGUAAUGUUUGGCCCGCUCUGGGCUCAUUCCUGUUUCUCUUUCGAGACCAACAUGGGUAGGCUUCUCAAGCUAGCAACUUCUGCAAACGGUGUCCCCAUUCAAAUCAUGUCACGGUUGAUGCUGAAGGAUAGCAUUACUGCAUACAAGACUCUGGCAGGUGACGUCACUCUCAGCUGUAUUUCUAGAAAAAACAGCACGCCAUCACUGAGGAAUUUGCCACUGCCAUUGGGAAAGCCAAAAUCUGUGGGUGAAUCUCUGAAGAAGUUUGUUCUUGAUUCUGUUGCACACACUGGACCUGCCACAGUUGCAGAGUAUGACAGAAUGUCAAUUCAUAAUGUUUCCUUCCACAGUAGCAGCUAUGAGAGGCAGACAAAAACAGACUGCAGGGGUAUCAGACUAGCAGAUGGCACAUACGCUAAGAUAGACCACAUCAUUGAGGUUGCUGGUGGAGAACUGACAUCUGAGCUGUUUAUUUCUUCACAUGUCUAUUAUGUGAGCAGCCUCCAAGGUACCCUGCACAUCAAGGCUGCAACCAAGCGACCCCAGUAUAAACUGUACAAAGUUGACAUGACUAUGAUGCCAUGCAUAUUCAUGCAGCUUGAACAAAGAGCGUUUUUCUGCGAUCUCGUUAACAGGUAUGAGUGGUCUUAAACCUUACGUGAGGCCGUCAUAACAAUUGUUUUGCUUGCGGUAGCAUGGAUGUGGAUUGUCUCAAGCAGUAGGUGCUGUAUGUCAGUGCUUUGUGCAACAAGUGGUUGUGCAACCACCUGUUGCACAAACCCAUGCUACCUUUUGUCAACUCAUUGCAAUGUAUAAAAAUAAACCUAAAAGUUUUUUUAAGGGAGACUUAUUUCGGCUGCUUCGGUUUACAUUUCUGCUAUUUCUCUGAAUUCAAUAAAUAAUUUUACCUGCAUAUAUGUUUAUCUCAUGUGUCUGUUUUCUGCCUGAAUUGUUUUGAUUUGCAGAGGAUGACUUCA